AUGAAACCAUUCACCACUUCUACUUCAUCACUGGUAUAUUUAAUGGUGAUAAGUUGUGUGGCAUGUUCAUGCGUAUGUAUGAUGGUUCAUGCAGCCUCAUCCACCUCUCAGUGCAGUAACAUUACCAUCCAGACUCAUGUUGAUGAGUUGGAGAGGGAAAUUGCAGAGCUCACAUGUAUUCAAAACAGACUCUCCAAUGUCAUCUCAGCCCUCAACAUGAGUGCUUCAGUGAAUGGCCAAAUAAUUAGAACAAGACAACGACAAUUAGAAAAGAUUUCCACUGCCUUAUCCUUACUUGUUCAGGAGAGCACGUUCCUUAAGAAUGUAACAAAUCCAGUUUCUACUAUUGUUUCAACAACUUCAAACAUUGUCUCUACAAGUCAAGGGUUUAUGUUUGGUGAUGGAAGAAAAGCUCCUUCUUGUAGACAAUACAGAUAUCCUGACUAUCCAUAUCAAUACGAAAAUCAAGGAAGUGGACUCUAUGUUAUUGAGCCAUCUCCAAAUUUGAUCAUGGUUGUGUAUUGCGAUAUGACUACUGAUGGAGGAGGGUGGACACUUAUUGCAGGUAUUCGUUCUGAUUAUGAAGGCAUUCACUAUCACACAUUUGAGGAUUCAACAGCUAUUUCAAGCUCGAAUGUGACUUCGUUCCAUAUCAAGACACAAGCUCUGCUAGCCAACUCCACUCAAGUUAGAGCUGCCUCAGAUGCAACUACAAAUCCACAAACUGCUUUUUAUACUUCCAAUUGGCCAUACAGUGCCUCUUGUACCAUAACCACUAGCUUGAGAAAUGCCAUCCAAAAUACUCCAACAAGUGUUAAUGGAGAUUUACCAGCAAGUUGUAAGAUCCUAACUGGAUUGACUCAAGUUCCCAAUAUUUUCACAUAUGGAAAAACAUGUAAUGGCCAUUCGACAGGUUUUCGUUUGGGUUUCGCACAUGGGAAUUGUGUUGGACAUUUGAGUGAAUCAAGUUUUACAACAUUUUCUUUCAGUGGAGCUGCAGAAGGUGGUUUAAGCAGUGCAAGUACUGAAAAAGGUGUUUUUUAUAGUUUUAAUGGUGAAAAAAGCAGAAAUGGAGCCAUUUUUUUAAGAUAA